CAGGAAGAUGCUGCGGCUGUGCGGGGAGGCCGAGGACAAGCUGGCACAGGAGCUCAUCCACUUCGAGCUGCAGGUGGAGAGAGAUGUCAUCGAGCCCCUCUUCGUGCUGGCCGAGGUGGAAAUCCCAAAUAUCCAAAAGCAGAGGAAGCACUUGGCAAAGCUCGUGCUGGACAUGGACUCCUCCAGGACGAGGUGGCAGCAGUCCGUGAAGUCCUCGGGCCUGGCCAGCAACCUGCAACCCUCGGGCGCCAAAGCCGACGCUCUCAGGGAGGAGAUGGAGGAGGCAGCCAACAGAGUGGAGAUCUGCAGGGUACCCAGGGCUCCUGGGGGGACCACUCCUUGCUGGGGGGAAUGA